AUGGAUUCAUCAUCGACUGUGGUGCAAAUGCUCCAGACAUGUAAAUUAUAUUUCUCUGUACCCAUGGGUGUCGAUUGUAUAGAACUGAUACAUAAAAUAGACAAUUUGAAUAAACUACACAUGAUGUGGACUGAAGAUUGUUUAGAAGACUGUUCAUAUCAGUCUGAAGUAUACAAAAGAAUUUGUGGUACAGAUAAUAUUUCUGGGUGUAACGGGAAUAUUUCGGUUUUACUAUAAUGUCUGCUUUUUUUUUUCUGUCAUUAACAUUACUAGCAGAAAUCUUGUUUCGAUUAUCAAGUUUAAGGGUGGAAAAUGUUUUCUUGUUGGUUAUAUUUUGAUUUUCCUUGUAGUUUUUUAAAAUAAUUGUGAAAAAACGGGAAAAUGUAUACGUAAUAGCGGUUUCCUUCAUUUUCGAUUUUGUUUUAUUGUUGUAAUUCAGUUUAAAUAAUCGCAUUGACCUAUAUUAGCUUUUUCUAUAGACAUGGUAAAAUAUCUGGCGAUGUUUGAGCUAUUUAUAUCCAUUUCAAAUGUUGAAAAGAGUUUUAUUUGGUUUUAUGAGGUUACAAAUUUUUCGGCCUUGCAAAAAUGCUCAGAAAUUUAAAACGAGAUUUUUUGUCAUAAAUUGUACAUAGUGAACUGUUUAAAUUUUGAUGAAAAUUUUAAACACUAUCAUGGCCCCUUAGGGUGACCCUUAUUUUUGAACUUAUAAACUUUUGAUUUCUCACCCCUUUAUUUUGUUUAUUGUUAUGAGAAAGUAAUUUGAGUUAAAUUUGGUCAUGAUUGCUCACCUUCACGUGUUCCAAUGGGGUUGAAAAGUUACAAAUUAGGGUUAAUUUGUACUUCCUGAAUUCUCACUUUCAAUAAAGGCACAAUCGUUUUUAGUAUAUUGUAUAUAACUUAUAUAAUUUCCCAUUUUUUAACAGAAAUUUUUUCCAACAAUGUGUUUCGACCUACAUUGUAUACAUACGAAGACGAAAUUAAUUCAGAGAUGCUAUGGGAAUUUAAGCAGCUAUAUCCGGUUUACAAAAUGUUAAUUGCAUUUCUGAAUCUGAAAGCUUUUGACGAUGAAAAGCUGUCGCCGUAUGUUGGCUGCACAUUUAUCAAAGCUUUAAUUCAACGAUUGCAAGAUAGUUGCGUUGAAGUUGAGAGAGAUUGUGUGAAACAGAUUUUAUUUCGGCUAUUUGAGAAGUCUGUUUACUUAAGAGAAUAUAUACUUCAAAAUACUAUAAACUCACUAGUAGGCGUAUGCGGACAAAUAAUGGCUACCUAUGGGAGCGUAAAGGAAUUGCUGGAACUUUUGAAAAUUGAAAUGUGUUACGGAUUGGUCGAUUCGCCAACAAUAGCUAUGGUAAAAAGAUAUUGUCAUAACUUUUUUUGUUUUUUUAAAUUGUCUUUUUAUAUUUUUACAUUAUCUUUGCGUAAUAAUUCUUUCGUUCGGUAUAUGUAUUCGCGAAAUACCAUGUAUAGUUCGACGUAAUAGUAUAAUGUCAUAAUACAUUUUUGCAACGUAAUUAAUAGAUUUAAAUUAUUUCGAAUCUGUAUUCUGAAUACUUUAAAUCAAUUCGUAACUAAAAUAAAUAACAGAAUUAUACCCACGGCCGCGGAAUGCACACAAUAUGUUAUUUUUCGAACUGAAAGAUGUAAUCGUUAGGAAUGAGAAGUUUUAGACAUAUUUCUUCUGUUUAUUCAAUAUUCUUAUAGCCAGGUGACACGAAAAACAUAUAAAUAUAUAUAUAAACAUACCGCAGGGCAUAAAAUAGUGAAUUGCAAAUGCGUGUACUAAGUUUUAUAACGUGCAUAUUAAUUUUAAUUUUAGAAAUAACAAUAAAGUUGAUAACAGAUAAUCAACUAAUGAUCUCACUAUAACCAAUAACUGUUAUCAAUUUAAAAUUGUUUUAUAUUUACACAAUUUUGUACACUUUAACUUAUACUUAAUUUGCGUCGAUAAUUUUUUGGCUACACUUUUUAUGAUACACAAUAUAAAUGUGUAAGCAAAGUAGUGUAUAAAGAGCUACGUUCCCUUACACAGGGUUUGUUUUGUCAAUCUAUCAUUUCUAUCAUCGAGUUAAAAAAAAAACCGUGUCCCCUGAAAUCGAAUGUAUUUCAAGCCCUGACGUACCGUAAUAUAUUACGAGUACCCAUAAUAGGUAGUGGUCGAUUUUCUUUUUUUUCCAAUCGGUUAAAACUUACAACUAAAAUCACGUUUACGACGGUGUUUUUUGGCGAUUCUGUACAGGUGUUGACGCCGCUAAUAAAACGGAACGAGCUGUGCCAUUUUGCGGGUCAGUUACACGAGUGUUUCGAAACGGCCGCGCGCAAAGUGGACGUCGGCCUAUCGGUGCGGUUCGUGGGUGACGCGAUUGACAACUGGUCGUCGGCCGCGGCCGACGUGCCGACGCUGUGCCGGACGCUGGCCGCGUUGUACUUUGACGUUUGCGACGAUGAAUCGCGGUCCCGGGUCCGUGGCCGUGUGGUCGGCCACGUAGCUGGCUGUUUGUUGACGUCCGUGGCGGCGGCGGCGGCGGCGGACGGUGACGGCGCGUCGUCGGCUGCGUGCCGCGCGUACGUCGACUUCACCGGUCUGCUGAUCGACGACGUUUCGACGGCCGGCGCGGGCGCCGCCGGCGGUUUGGAUCGCAUGGCCGGAGCGCUGGUCGCCGUCCACCGGACGAACCGGGGUAACGACUGCGUCGAUGUGACCGGACGCUUGAUCAGGCGAUUGAUCGGCGUCAACGACGGACGGUGCCUGGUCGGCGACGGCAUCCGGGUAGCCGUCAUGGAAGUCCUUCUGGCCGAAGAAUAA